GAUUUCUCUUAUUUUUAUCCAACAAGGCUUAGAGUGGUUGGUGGGCGAGCACGAUUAGGAUCUCCCCAUCUUGGUUUUAAAUCCCGUCUACUAUGUCCUCACCUCUUUAGUAGGGCAAAAUAAAUAUGAGCCCAAUGACGAGGAGAUUAAUUACAUCAUCAAACGCUCCCUUUGAUUUUGAAUAUGGAAUAUUGCAAGGUGGGAAACGUAAUUACAUAUGCAAAAAAUUAUUAAAAGGACGAAAGAGCCCAACGGUCAUAUUCCGUAUUAAGAAAAUAUAUAAUUUAAAGAGUUUCUUUUAAUUAAAUGCUGUCUCUUUGACCAAGACAAGUUUCCGCGCUCUCCUCCCUUCUCCUGCCUUCCUUGUCCAAAUCUUCUCGCCGUCUCUGGAUUCCUCCCUCCGCCAUGGAUUCCACCUCGAAGACAAGCUUCGGCACUCUAUCCAAGGCCUUCACUAAGAUCCUCUGCCUCCGAAGCAACUCCACCAUCUCCGGCGACGUCGCCCUCCACAAGCCGAACUUUUCAGAAAACCCCGAUGAACUCACUGGCGAUCACCAGAACGACAUAGAAGUCCUCCUCGCAAAUCUUUUUGCCGGAGUCUCCGCCGUCAAGGCGGCGUACGCUGAGCUCCAGCUAGCUCACGCGCCUUACGACCUUCACGUGAUCCACUUCUCCGACCGCGCCGUCGUCACCCAACUCAAGCGGCUCUCCGAGCUUAAGCAGGGUUUUUUAAACAGAGAACAGCUCAAACAGAGCUCAAGCAGAGCACAAGCACAGGUUCAAGAACAACGAAACCUUCUCAAGACUUACAAGAUGAUCACCGCGAAGCUGGAAUACGAACUCCGAUCGAAAGAAUCCGAAAUCAGCUCCCUCCAAUCCGAGCUUCGGGUCUCCGAAAAGCAGUGUCGGGCCUUGGAAGUCCGACUCCGACCCGGUCGGACCCUUGCCGCUCUCGACGACCUGCACCUCUCCGGCCUCAACCCCGCCCACUUCCUCACCCUACUCCGCUCCACUGUUAAAUCCAUCCGUUCCUUCGUCAAAAUCAUGGUCCGUGAAAUGAAAUCCGCCGGAUGGGAUCUCUCUGCCGCCGCCGGCGUAAUCCAGCCUUAUCUCCGCCGCCAACGAAAUAGUAAUCACAACAUCUUUGCAUUCCAAUCUUAUGUCUCGCAAAUAAUGUUCUCCAAUUUCCAGCGCCAAGAUUUCGGUUUAGGCGGUCCGGUGCGCGACCGCCAUAGCUUCUUUGCGGAGUUCACAGAGCUCAAAUUCUUCAAGCAAAAGAAUUGUUUUGAGAGAAAAUCCCAAUUUGGGAAGUUUUGCAGGGGGAAGUAUUUGGGGCUGGUGCAUCCGAAGAUGGAAGCUUCAUUCUUUGGCAAUAUCGAGCAACGGAAGCUUGUGAGCUCCGGCCGGGGAUCACCGGAGAUUGAUUUCUUUGAGGGAUUUACCGAGAUGGCAAGGCGGGUUUGGCUUCUUCACUGCUUGUUCUUUUCUUUUAAGGAAGAGGAUAAAGGAGUCAUCUUUCAGGCGAGGAGGGGGAGCCGGUUCUCGGACUUGUAUAUGGAUAGCGUGGCGGAGGAUGAGGAGGAGGCGGAGCAGGGUGGCCUUGAUUGUCGGCCGGAGGUGGGUUUUACGGUGCUGCCGGGGUUCAGAGUCGGGAGAACGGUGAUACAGUGCAGGGUCUAUCUAGUGUACACUGACAGACGAUGAAGCCAAGUGGAUGGUCAUGAUGUCUCGGUAGGGGAUUGUGGGCCCAAGUAAGUUGAUGUUCUUGCGGGCCCACUUGGCGAUUUAUUUUAGGAAAAGCACUUUAGUCUUGAAGUUUAUGUAUAUCCUUGGGCCUUUAGAUUUUAUAAUGGUAAUAAAAUACUUUCUACGCAGCA